AUGUAUCUAAGUAAAUUAUUAUUACUUGCAUUAAUUGCAUUCCUUGGAAUUUCAUAUAAUAAAGUAAAUGCAAAUGCAGGUUUUUUAAAACCAAUUCCUAAAACACGUUGUGAUGAUUCUGAAGUUAAAGGUUGUAAAAUUAGACACCCAUGCCAUGGUCCAGAAGUUGAAGGUGAUGUAAAUCCAAUUAAUGUAAAUUCACCAUAUGAAUUUGCAAUUUUCCAAUUAUUAUCAAAACAAAAUGCAACAUCAGCCAACACAUAUACCGUCCAAUAUUUUAAUGAUGGUGAUACAACAGGUCAUCAAUUAUUAACAUUUAAUCAAAAUGAUAUGAAUCAAAGUAGUAGUUUUUAUGCAGUUGAUAUGGACCCAAUUUCAAGUAAUGAAAAGUUAAUGAGUAAUAUUCAAUUUGAUGAAAAAGGAUAUUCAUUUGGUACAUUAGAGUUAACAUUUGAUGCUAGAACUGGUGGUGGAUCAGUGUACUAUUCAUGUGCAUUUGUACGUUUACAAAAAACUGAACCAAAAAUUGGAAAGAAUAGUUUCAUAGUCUCAGUUGAUUCAACAUUAAUCUUAACAGAUGGUAAAGGUGAUUCAUUAGGUACUUAUGAAACUGAUCAAACCAAAAAGAAUUUAACAGUUCCAUCAUUAAUUGCCCAUGAUUUAACAGUUGAAGAUAGUGAUAUCAAAAAUACUGAUAAUGAAAUUAAUCCAAACAAAGGUGGUGAUUCUGGUCAUAAAAAUAAUUCAAAUAAAUUAUUCUUAUCAAUUGCUUUCAUUGGUUUACUAUCAUCAUUGUUAUUAUUAUUAAUUUAA